UAAAUCUCUCUGAAAUCUGAAUACAGAUAAUUCUCCUUAUUUGUCCACUUUAUAAAAAGAAAUAUCUUCCAUGUAAUGUAUCCUCAAAAUAAAUAAUUGAAAGUAGAAGAAUCUCUUAUCCAAUUUUAUCUAUUUUGCUUGAUUCAUUUCCGUUGGUCCUUUCUUAAGAACCCCCACUUCUCCACUUUCAUCCGAUUAGUAUUCAUUCUCUCUCCUCCAAAAAUCCCUCAAAUUUGGUCCCAUCAAAAUUUCCCAAUUUCUUAUCACUUACUAUAUGAUCUAACUUGCAUAUAUGUACAUAAUAUAGAAGUAAUUUUUUUUAGAAAUUUUGGAAAUUGGGUUAUACUUUUUCUUACAGGUAAUUGAUCUCUGAGCUCUUUAGCUGUAGAACCUCAGUCUCUUUGAUCGGUGGAAAAUUCCCUGAUUCCUUCAAAAAAUAUAUAAUCUUUACAGGAGUUGAAGUAGGAGAUGGGGUCAUUACAUGGACCAGUCGUUUGCCCCACAAUUCGUGCAAAGCAGGUCGGUGUUUAUCAAGUACCAACUAAUAGCUCUUUGAUGAAGAAUGCCAUGCUCAGAAGUACGUUUUGGGGUUAUAAGAGUGUACGUCAACGAGUUUCUAAUGCUGGCAUGCUUGCUAGCCCAACUAAUAUCCGAAGGCUUGGUUUAGUUCAUUGCACUUUCAGUUCGUCUUCCAAUGGAAGUGGUAGUAGAGCUGAGAAUUUCAAGGAGAAUGAUGAGGAUUAUGUCAACUCGAGUGUUACUGAAGCUGUUGAGGUGAAAAGUGGUUCAGAUGGUUUCACAAUUAAAAUGAGAGAUGGGAAGUACAUAAAAUGCAUCCAUAACAGCCCUCAAGGUGGCCAUCUACCAGAUUAUGCACCACAUCCCGCCAUUGUGCUUAAGAUGGAAGAUGGAACUGGUCUUCUUCUUCCAAUAAUUGUUUUGGAGAUGCCCAGUGUGUUACUCAUGGCUGCUAUCCGUAAUGUACAUAUUGCUAGGCCAACCAUGUAUCAAGUUAUGAAGGAGAUGAUUGAGAAGAUGGGAUAUGCAGUCAAACUUGUCCGUGUGACUAAGAGAGUCCAUGAAGCAUAUUUUGCGCAGAUGUUUCUUACAAAGGUAGAUAAUGAAGAUGAAUGUAUUAGCUUUGACCUGCGACCUUCAGACGCAAUUAACAUUGCUGUAAGAUGCAAGGUGCCUAUACAAGUAAACAGGAGCUUGGCUCAUAGUGAUGGAAUGAAGGUUGUUGAAUCUGUAAAGGCAACAAUUGUGGGCCCUGCUUCAGACUUGUUAUUUACAGAACUGGAUCGGCCUAAUGGUAAGCCAUGUAUAGAGACAACAGAAUUUAACCUGCUGCGCAACAUGCUUAGUGCUGCUUAUGAAGAGCGCUAUCAAGAUGCAGCUCAAUGGCGGGACAAACUCACCCAAUUUCGAUCUAAAAGGAACUGGGCUUAACAGUUUGUGGCAAAUAAAUCAAGAUGGAGGAAUUCUGAAUAUUUCUUGCAGGAAGCUAAUAUUGUACAUUGUACAUAAAUUUAUGGAAGCUGAGGAUGAUUGCUGGUUUCUCAAGUGGAACUCUUUUUCUAGCUUUCUUUGUUUCAUGUUGUAACUAUAUUUGUGAAUAAGUAGUAUAUAGAUGAACUGUUUUUUACUCUAAUGAAAAUGGAACUUGCCGCUAUGUUUCGGCCUGCAAGUUUGUGCUAGUGAGUAGUGAAUGGUAAUGCCUUGCCUUUAGGCUGUGGUUCGAACACCGACAAUUUUAAGCAUUGUGCAAUGUUAAGUUGGAUGUUGUAUUGGCUUAAAUCUUAGUAUUGUUGAUUUGGUGUGAUCACUGGUGCCGGUGAUCACUUGUGAA